AUGUGGGAGGCGAAGGUGGAGCCCAACGUCAUCAGUUACAGCGCUGGGGUCAGCGCGUGCGAGAAGGGUGAGCAGUGGCAGCGGGCGCUGGCGCUGCUGAGAGAGAUGCGGGAGGUGAAGCUGGAGCCUGACGCCAUCUUCAGCUACAAUGCUGGGAUCAGCGCGUGCGAGAAGGGCGAGCAGUGGCAGCCGGCGCUUGCGCUGCUGAGCGAGAUGUGGGAGGUGAAACUGGAGUCCGACGUCAUCUCUCCAACAUGCUUCAAUGCUGGAAUCAGCGCGUGCGAGAAGGGCGAGCAGUGGCAGCGGGCGCGGGCGCUGCUGAGCAAGAUGCGGGAGGCGAAGGUGGAGCCCAACGUCAUCAGCUACAGCGCUGGGAUCAGCGCGUGCGAGAAGGGCGAGAAGUGGCAGCUGGCGCUGACGCUUCUUAUCGAGAUGCGGGAGGUGAACCUGGAACCCAACUCAGCUACAACGCUGGGAUCAGCGCGUGUGGGAAGGGAGAGCAGUGGCAGAGGGCGCUGGCGCUGCUGA